AUGUCGCCCCAAAGGGAAGAAAGACGCACCGUGUCUGACGACGACGUCAAUUCCGAGUUCCAUCAUAAGCGCAAGCGUAUACGCCGUAAGCGUGGUGGUUGGCGCGUUCGUCCAGGAUCAGCAAUGUCUCCGGAAGACAUUGACGAAACUUCACCAAAACGAAAAUGCGAAAGGCAAGGAAUGGCACCAUCAAACACCACUCAAUUUCUUCUGGAUGAUCGUGAGGCACGCGCAAAAGCCGAGGCCGAGAACGAUAUGAAAAGUGGUGAUACAGCUGAACGCCAUCGCAUUCGUUCAUUCAGUGUGGGAAGCGAAAAGCUAAAUGGUAGCUACUUAAGCGAGCAGGGAAGCUAUUCUGGAGAUGAUGAGAUCGACCGCGAGUUUGAAGAGGAAUACCUUGUAGUCAAGAGAGAACGCAUUCAAAAGAUGUCAAAAACAGAGCUCGAGCAAGAACUACUGGAGAGAGACCGCGACACCGAAAGUCUGCAUGACCAAGUGCUGAAGAUGGACACGGAAAAUCGACAGCUCAAAGAGCUUCUACAGAAGAGUGGAAUUCCGUAUGAUAUAGAUUCGCAGACUGUGACUUCGUCGACGACUCCCACAUUUAAUACAUCACCUCGUGUUGCUGCCAAAUGA